GGGGAGAAGAAGAAAAACCUUCGCAGGAAUCUGCUGCCUCGGCUGCUGCUGCUGCUGCUGCUCCCGGUUUUCCAAAGGGGGCGGUAAUCUUCCUCCUCCCCCCCCCACCUUCUCGGUCCCCUUAAGUCGCCAUUGGAAGCUGCAGACGCCCCGUUUCGGUCCCUGAGCAGCGCGUUCCCGGCGCUCCCGCUGGCUGCCUCUGGCCCCCCACCCCGCGCGUUUUCAUGCGAGCCUUUGGGUCAUGAUUACAGCCCCCGCGCUUUCUGCCAUAAGAAGUAGUCCGCGCGGAGGCGGAGGAGGAGGAGGAGGAGGAGGAGGCGCGCCAGAGCUGGGAAACGGCGGCGGCGGUGUGGAGCUCCCUUGGCAGAGCGGGCUCGCUGGGAACCUUAUCGGCGGCGGCGGCGGCGGCGGCAAAGCUUUCUUCCACGCCAUCCCCCCUUCGGAUCCUUUGCGCCAAGCCAACCGUCUGCCCAUCAAAGUCUUGAAAAUGCUUACGGCACGGACGGGACACAUUUUGCAUCCCGAGUAUCUCCAGCCGUUGCCUUCCACGCCGGUCAGCCCGAUCGAGCUGGACGCCAAGAAGAGCCCGCUGGCUCUCCUCGCGCAGACCUGCUCCCAGAUCGGCAAGCCGGACCCCUCGCCUUCCUCCAAGCUCUCCAGCGUCACGUCCAGCAGCGGCGGCGACAAGGAGCCGUCCAAGGGGGGGCCCUUGAAGCUCAGCGACAUCGGCGCCGAGGACAAGUCCAGCUUCAAGCCUUACUCCAAGCCCGGCGCGGACAAGAAGGACUCGUCAGGCGGCGGCGGAGGCUCCGGGGCCGCCUCCGGAGGGAGCUCGGGCGGUGGCGGAGGUAGCAGCGGUGAGAAAUCAGGAUUCCGGGUGCCGAGCGCCACCUGCCCGCCGUUCACGCCAAGGACAGGCAGCCCCAGCUCCAGCGCCUCGGCCUGCUCACCCGGCCUGCUGCCCGGCGGGGAGAGCAAGGGCGGCGGCGGGAGCAGCGGCGGCGGCGGCGAGGCGGAGAAGAAAGAGGCGGCGGAGAGCUGCGGCAAAAGCGCUUCUGACGGUGCUGCCCGCCUGGCUUCUAGCGGCGGCGGCGUUCUCUCCGCCGAGCUGAGCCAGAGCCACGAGGGCGCCAAGGGGCUGCUAGCUGGCGUCGCUUCGUCCGCCUCCUCUUGCUCGACGGCGGACUCACCCUGUAGCGCCGUCCCGUCGUCGGUGGCCGCCGCUGUGCUGAGCUCCGCCGGCUUGGUGGCGCCCGUUUCCCCUUACAAGCCGGGCCAGACUGUUUUCCCGCUGCCGCCGGCCGGCAUGAGCUACCCAGGCUCCCUGGCCGGGGCGUACGCCGGCUACCCUCCACAGUUCCUUCCGCCGGGCGUGGCGCUCGACCACAGCAAGGCCGGCGGCUUGGGGGGCGGCGGUGGGAGCGGCGGCAAAGCGGCGGGCUCCAGCCCUCUGGCCGGCGCUUCGCCGCCGUCGGUAAUGACGGCCAGCCUGUGCCGCGAUCCCUACUGCCUGAGCUACCACUGCGCCAGCCACCUAGCCGCCGGCGCCGCCUCCUGCGCCCACGAGCAAGCCCUCAAAACCGGCGGCUAUCCGCUGGUUUACCCGGGGCCGCCGCUCCACGCCGGCCCGCCGUCGCUGGCCGGCCACCCACUCUACCCUUACGGCUUCCUGCUGCCCAACGACCCCCAGCCGCACAGCUGCAACUGGGUCUCGGCCAACGGGCCCUGCGACAAACGCUUCGCCACCUCGGAGGAGCUGCUCAGCCACCUGCGGACUCACACGGCCUUCCCCGGCCCGGCCGACAAACUCCUCUCCGGCUACCCGAGCUCCAGCUCGCUGGCUGCCGCCGCCGCCGCAGCCAUGGCUUGCCACAUGCACGUCCCCACGUCGGCGGCCGGUGGGCCGGGCAGCCCCGGCGCCCUGGCUUUGCGCAGCCCGCACCACGCCUUGGGACUGAGCAGCCGCUACCAUCCUUACUCCAAGAGCCCCUUGCCCACCCCGGGAGCCCCCGUCCCGGUCCCGGCCGCCACUGGACCUUAUUACUCCCCUUACGCACUCUAUGGGCAAAGACUGACGACAGCUUCCGCGCUGGGAUACCAGUGAGUUUUUUCCCGGGGGUGUCGCCGCCUGAGGUUGGGGUGGGUUUUUUUUUGGUGAUCCUUUAAGGGGGCGUCAUGGGUGGGGUGGAUUUGAAGCCACGCUUUCUUGGGGCGGGGGGGGGGGGGGAGACGGCCCAGCGUCCUUUGGAAAGUUUCUUAAAGAAUGGAUGACCAGACAAAUUGCAAACUUGGACCUUUUUUAAUAAAUAUAUAUAUAAAGAUAGUGUUCAUCUUGAGGACUGGAUCCAUGGGCACUGUAUCUAUUUAUGUUAGCUUCAAGCGGGACGAUGAAUCCAUUAAAAAAAAGUGCAUUAGCUAAUUUCAGCUCGAAUAGGCUUCAAGGAAAACAAAACAAAACGAAGUGGAAACACCCGUUGUAGAAUAUAAAUCAAUAAAAAGAAAACGAGAACUAGAGGUCUUCUCUUUAAUGUUACUUUAAAAUUGCUAUGAUUGUACUGUAUUGUACGUUAUUUAACGGUGGGUGGGUGGGGCAAACCCCCCUCAAUGCAUGUCUCUUUUUUCCAAGAACAACGCGGGCUUAACUUGCAAUUUGUCUAUUCCGAUUUUCAAAUUGCAGCGAUUUUUUUCAAAGAUGUACCCAGUGGCAAGAGAGAGAGAAUUGGUAUUUUUUCUAUGUAUCCUGGCAGAAAAGAAACCCAACCACCACCAACCACUCUUUUCCAAAAACCUCCGUUUGCCUUAUUUUUAUUCUUUUAAAAGAAACACUUGACUAUUUUUUAAUUUUUAAGUCCACCCUGUAGCUAGGACAGGAACAAGGGUGACGUCAUGUAUUUAAAAUAAGACAAUGUAUCGCUUUAAAAAGAUUAAAAUUCUGUAUAUUUGAUGUAUUAAAAAAAGGUUUACUUUU